AUGGCAACUACAAACCCCAUCAUCUGUAUGGCGCAUUUGCAAGGCGGUGGCCUUAUAGUCAGCAACAGCGAUGAUGACUCUUGCAACUCUGCAAAAGGGUCAGCGCUGCACAAGAAAAGCCUUCGGCCAAUAUUGGCUCGUGCUGGACACAUAUUAAAGUUCAUUCGUUCUCCGGAAGCCCCCUCGCCCACGACUACACAAGCUCCAGCGAAGCCACAUCCAACGCCGAAGCCUAUCGAAACUACAACAGCGUCCUGGAUAUUCGCUACGAGAUCUCCAGUUGCAGCAGUCAAAGUAUGCAAUUCAAAGUCCAUACUGGAAGCAGAGCACAACAUCCAUCAAAAGGUCGAGUUAGAGAUUCUUGGGGUGGCCAAGGAUGUUGCCAGUGACAUACUUUUACCUUUUGUACCCCAUUGCUACGACUUUCACGCCGAUUUAGCCACAUCUAAACUGAAACAUCUGCAAGCGAGCGACGAUGCUAUUUCUCCGGAUUCUGCAGCCUACGCCAUGGAAUUUAUUCGACCAUUUCAUCGGGAUCAUCUGACGUACCUCAUUAAGCGGCAUCUCUCAUGUACAAUACAAGAUAGAGCGAUGGCAGGAAUUUUCGAUUCACACUUCGUUGCUAAAGUCUGUCUUGGUGAUGUUCGUCCUCUUUCGGACAGAUGGCAGCCUGAUUUGUAUAAUCGCAAUGCAUACGUUGACCAACUACAGGAGGAGGGGGUUGACGUCGUCGGUAUGUCAGCAAUGAUGGGAUCAACUUUGGCAUUUCUUCAUUGGCGUUGCGGCGUUGACGCCGCUGGCGUACGGUUUGUAUUGGGCUGUGAAAGGAAGGGUCACAUUCGCAUAUGGUUGACGGAGUUUGGCGUUUGUCGAAAAUUCCACUAUUCGGCAUUCGAUGUCACAACGCAGCUGGUAGAUGCGAUCAUGCAAAGCGAUUGCGUUUGGCCCAGAUGGAUAAAUCUAAGGUCAUAUAGGAAGCUCUGGUGUAGCUUUCGGAAAGCAUAUUUGAUAAUGUCUGGUCGGUUGUAUGCCGACUCUGGAGAUGAAACGGAGAAUAGGCAUUUGCCCAGUGUCUUUAUUGACGAGCUUGAGAAGAUACGAGGUCCACCAAGACGGUUAUAG